GUUGUGUUUUGACCUCAGCUGCAAGAAGAAGGUUUUGUGCCUGCCUUUUCAUAUACUGUACUUGCAUGGUUUGUAACUCAAAUACGGAGAAUUUUGCAAUGAAGACGUAAUUAAUAUUCUAAUAAUCCGGCGAAACUCUUUGAUUAUUUUAGGGUAUUUUUUCAUCAGGAAAACAGAACUUACGCAAUUGUUUUACGCACUAAAUCUAGGCCUAGACUAGGGGGCUAGGCCUACGUGACUGACUGUUUUAAGGGAUCUUUGCCACUCAUCAGUCCAACAGCAGGCAGGGUUUGGUUGCUACAGGUUGAGACAAAAGCAAAACUUUCGGUCAUUCUCAAGCGGUUUUUAUGAAUACAGUUAAUUACUGAACGAGUAUCGGAGGGUCGCUUUGAUUUUCGAUGUGUGGGACGCAUAAAUGCAUAAUCUAUUUAGGACUAGGCCUAGUAACUGUGUACUGCACCAGUCAAGAAAACCAACAAAAACAAGAGGCAAGACCCUAUUUUGAGGUCUGAAACCUCCUCGUCCUUAUUUAGGAUGGACAGUUAAUUUUUUAAACCAAUUGAUUUGUUUUUUUAUAUGUGUAUCUCCUCAACUUUUUCCCUAGGUCUAGACAUAUACUUUAUGAUAGAUCAUAUUUACCUCCUCCCUCCAGUCUAAUAAUUUUCUGGCUCAACAAAUAAAAGCAAAAUUUGUUGGACAGACCAUUUGAAUUGAAGACCAAAUCUAACUAGAAUUUUAUGAAGGAUAUUAAUUGUGCCUGUAUUUCUAGUUUACAUUGUUAUUGUUGAAGGCUACGAUGGCUUUGUGCAAAAGAUUACAUUGCAUUCAAAACUCUUUAGUGUCUAUUUCUCAAUCAAGAGUAAUUAACACAGCAAGAAGGAAAGCAACACAACAACAGUUGAUUGAAUCAAAAGUGCUUCCAAAGAUUAGGAACUUUUCAUUGAGUACAGCAGAUGAGAAAGAUCCAAAACGAAGAUAUUCUGGAGUCACUGACUUCAGUCCAGCCAGAGACCUAAAUAACAGGUCUGUUGUCUCGUUUUACAAUCAAAGUGCAAUUGAUGAAGCAGCUAAAAAGCCCUCCGUUCGCCUGACACCAGCAACGCUCCUCUACACUGGAAAAUCACCUGAUGGCAAUCACCUUUUGAGGAGCGCUCAGUAUCUCCAUAAGGAACUCCCUGUUAGAGUUGCUCAUCGUAUUGCUGAAUUCCGCAAUCUGCCUUUCAUUAUCGGCUGCAAUCCCACAAUCCUCAGUGUUCAUGAACUCUACAUUCGUUCCUUCCAUUUACUAUCAGAAUUUCCACAGAUUGAGGACUUCAAGAUGGAAGAGGAAUAUUGUAGUCUGGUGAAAGGUUUACUUGAUGAUCACAAAGAUGUUGUUACGCAAUUAGCGCAAGGAUUUAACGAAUGUAGAAAGCACAUCAAAGAUGAGGAUAUGAUCAGACAGUUUUUAGAUCGGAUGUUGACCUCUCGUCUUGGUAUACGCAUCUUAGCAGAACACCAUCUUGCAUUACAUCAGGAAAAGCCUCACUUCAUCGGCAUCAUUUGUACAAAGCUUUCGCUCAAGAAGAUUAUAGAAAAAUGGGCCGACUUUGCAACGGAUUUGUCCAAUCACAAGUAUGGUUAUGCACCUAAGGUCAGGAUCAAAGGUCACAUUGCAGCAACAUUUCCCUACAUUCCUCAACCACUUGACUACAUUUUACCUGAACUAAUAAAGAAUGCUAUGAGGGCAACAAUUGAGAACCAUUUGGAUACUCCUCCUCACAGUCUGCCUGACAUCGACAUCACUAUCACGAAUAACGAUCUAGAUUUUAUAAUCAGAAUUUCUGACAAAGGUGGUGGAUGUCCGCAUUCAAUUGUAAACAGGGUGUUUCAAUAUCACUUCACAACUGUCGGUCAGAAUACAGACUCGAGGGUGACUGGUGGUAUCUUUGGCGAGGUGAUGAAUGCAGACAAUUUCGGUCCAGCAGCAGGACCAAUGCAUGGGUUUGGAUUUGGCCUGCCAACAUCUCGAGCUUAUGCGACAUACCUUGGUGGUUCCUUAACCUUCCAGACAAUGCAGGGAUUAGGCACGGAUCUGUAUUUGCGAUUACGUCAUAUUGAUGGAAAACAUGAGAGCUUCCGUAUUUGAUUUUCAUUUUAGUCGGUUUAUUCCAAAUGAAGCAGCUACAUAAUGUACAAUUUAAUUUUGCUUUAUUUGUUAUGCAUUUUAGAAGAUGAAAAAAGUAACAUUAACAAAAUUUAAAAAACAGUAAUUAUACAGUUUUAGUUAUUUUCGUUUGUUUAAAUUGGACUACAGUUAUUAAACUCUUGAUUAAAAAUAUAUAAUGCCAAGGUUUUUGUAAAAGCAAAAUAUUUUAUUGUAAUCUAAGUGUUUUCAAUGCUUUUUUUACUUCACUAUACAUAUGACAAUUAAUUAUUAAACAAUAAUUAUAUUAAUUAUGAAUUAUUGAUAAUAUUGCUAAUUGUAUUUACCAAAAGGAAUCCUUUUUGUGUUGCAUAUCAUGGUAGUUGACUUAACUAUGUGUUUUGUCUCUAUCAAUAUGUGUUAAUAGUACUUUGGUAUUGAAUGUAUCCGUGUUCUGGUAGUCAUUGCUGGUUGUUAGCGUUUAGGUUUACUAACCAUGGAACUAGUUUAUACAUUGCAUAGUCUUAACCAUGGGAACUAUUUGUACAAUAGCAUUUCUCAAGCCUUACCAUAGAUAAAAAUAAAGUUAAUUCUCAUGGUGUUGCAAGGACAUUGAAAAUCACUGUCACAGAACAUGAAACAUAAGCAUGUUGUGGUACCUUGCUCCCAUGUAUACAUCCCAGUGUGUCUAUUGACCCCUUAGCCAUGACGGUCAAAGUCUGUAUAUUUGGUUUAAUAUCAAAAAGUUAAUGAAAAAAAAUGUUACAAAUUAAACCAUGAUGACAUUAUGUGAAAUAGGUUGCAUGAUUGGUUUGAAUGCGAGGCAUUUUAAAAAUAUAAAUGCUACAUUUUGAGCAUGUAAAUUACUGUACAAUACUGCUUAUAAGCAAUAUUAUAUAUAUUAAUGGAAACUUCCUUUUGUGACAGGGAUGUAGAAAUGUUUCCCAAAUUUUGAAAAUAAAAAUUGUCAAUUAUAUCCUAUAAAUAUUGACUGCGCAGUGCCUGCCCUACCCUUUUCCUCAGUUAUUUGAUAUUGAUUUUAGAAAAGAAUGAAUCCUACUUAAAAUUCCAUUCAAACAGUAUUGUAUUUAUGUGUAGAAUUCAGGUAUUAGAUUCUUUGAUUUGUUUAAAGUAUAAUGGAGGACAUCCUAAUUAUGUGAAUACAGUUGCAAAAUAGACACUGUAGUCUCGCAUGAGAACACAAAAACGCAUGACCAGUCUGUUAGAAACAUAAAUAUUGGAUUGGUCUUAAAAAAGACUAGUAAGAUGGUAGCAAGAGCCUCUUGGUAUUUACAUUUUGUUUCUCCUUGGAAUUAAUGUAAUUAUUAUUUCAUUUCAUAUGCUACCUCAUAAGGAAGAUGAUGACAUUGAUUUAUAUUGGUUAUUAGUUUUAAAAUUCUAUAAAUUCUUGUAAAUAUAAUUAAAUGCAGGAGAAUGUGAUAAUUAUAUUAUUAUUAUCGGUACUAUGCUUGCCUAUGUUGAGUUACUGUACCCCAUUUUUAAGGUUAUUAUAUUGUGAAAUAUAAUAUAAACCCUACAAAUAAAUAUCUGUUAUACUAAAAUGAA